AUGGACGAAGACGGCGGCGGCGGCGAGGGCGGCGGCGUGCCUGAAGACCUCUCACUAGAAGAAAGAGAAGAACUUUUAGACAUCCGUCGAAGAAAAAAGGAACUUAUUGAUGACAUCGAGAGGCUGAAGUAUGAAAUCGCAGAAGUGAUGACGGAGAUCGACAACCUCACGUCGGUGGAGGAGAGCAAAACGACUCAGAGGAACAAGCAGAUCGCCAUGGGAAGGAAGAAGUUCAACAUGGAUCCCAAAAAGGGAAUCCAGUUUCUAAUCGAGAACGACCUGCUGCAGAGCUCCCCAGAGGACGUGGCCCAGUUCCUGUAUAAAGGGGAAGGCCUGAAUAAGACGGUCAUCGGGGACUACCUGGGUGAGAGGGAUGAAUUUAACAUUAAAGUUCUUCAGGCUUUCGUGGAACUCCACGAGUUUGCUGAUCUCAACCUCGUACAAGCCUUAAGGCAGUUCCUCUGGAGCUUCAGGCUGCCGGGCGAGGCACAGAAGAUCGACCGCAUGAUGGAGGCCUUCGCUGCUCGCUACUGCCUGUGCAACCCCGGCGUCUUCCAGUCCACAGACACAUGCUACGUGCUAUCCUUCGCCAUCAUCAUGCUCAACACCAGCCUCCACAAUCACAAUGUGCGCGACAAGCCCACCGCCGAGCGCUUUGUCACCAUGAACCGUGGCAUCAACGAGGGCGGGGACCUCCCCGAGGAGCUGCUGCGGAACCUGUACGAGAGCAUCAAGAAUGAGCCGUUCAAGAUCCCCGAGGACGACGGCAACGACCUGACGCACACGUUCUUCAACCCCGACCGGGAGGGCUGGCUCCUGAAGCUGGGGGGGCGCGUGAAGACCUGGAAGCGGCGCUGGUUCAUCCUCACCGACAACUGCCUCUAUUACUUUGAAUACACGACGGAUAAGGAGCCCCGGGGAAUCAUCCCACUGGAGAACCUGAGCAUCAGGGAGGUGGAGGACCCGCGGAAACCCAACUGUUUCGAGCUGUACAACCCCAGCCACAAAGGGCAGGUCAUCAAAGCCUGUAAGACAGAGGCGGAUGGCCGGGUGGUGGAGGGCAACCACGUGGUGUACCGCAUCUCGGCGCCCAGCCCGGAGGAGAAGGAGGAGUGGAUGAAGUCCAUCAGAGCGAGUAUCAGCAGGGAUCCUUUCUAUGACAUGUUGGCCACGAGGAAAAGGAGGAUUGCCAAUAAGAAAUAG